UACCAUCAGAAAACCAACUUGUCAGUUGUGAUAUUGCAGAUACGUAGCAGGAAAAUCAAUUCAUUGAAUCUCGUUAGCCUGAUAAUAAAUACCAGUCAACCCCUGAGUACCUACAAAAACGCCGCUCAAUUCACCCACUUUACCAUGCUUUACUCGUUCUACAUCUUUGAUAGACACUGCAACUGUAUUUACCAUCGUCGGUUUUCCCUUGUGGAUGAUGGGGCCACAAAUACGGAUAAUGAAUCGGAUGUGGCAAAGCUCCUCUUUGGGGUUUUGUACUCGUUGAAAAACAUCUCUUCGAAGCUUGGUGACCAGUCAACUAAUGCGGGUGGCUUCAACUAUUUGAAGUCUUUUUCCACCUCAAGUUUUCGAAUUCACUUUUUAGAGACCUUGUCCAACUUGAAGUUCGUGUUGAUAACUGACAACUUGAUUGACAACGUGCGAAGCGUGUUAUGGGAGUUGUAUUCCACAUAUUAUUUGAAUAAUAUCGCUUUAAACCCAUUAAGCCCGGUGGACUUUAAAGGGGAUGAGAAGAUCACCAACCCCAAUUUCAUCAGCCAAACUGAUCAGUUUCUUAGGUCAUUACCGGUGUACGGAGGCCAGUGAUUGCUUAGGAAACCGGGAUAGCGGCAGCAAUCAGACAAGUCCGCAUCAUCACGGUCGCGUUCCCCAAAACACCGGCAUCCCGGCCUUAACUAUGGGUGUUAGGGUGCGAAAUUCCGGCCCAUAGAUUUUUCCAGUGCAUCAGGUUUUGUGAAGUCUAUGGUUAUACUCUAUAAAAGGAAAUUAAGUUCCCCAAGGAAUGUAACUUCCAUAAUUAAAUCAAGUAUGUCAGAAACAGAAUUCAAAUUCAAGUCAAUACACCAUGAAAUAAGUUUGGUAACUAUUAUAGCCAUGGCUCAGAUUCUCUGUCAAGGUAGUAUAACCAUGUCAAUGAGUAUCAUGGAUGUCGUGUUGAAAUCGUUUCCUGGAGAAUACCAGUCUUCUAUUAAAGUAUGGUUUAUGGGUUCUUUUGCCUUGACGCUUGGAACCUUCAUCUUAAUCUCAGGAAAACUUGGUGACAUAUAUGGCCUCAAAUGUAUAUUUGCC